UGUGUUUGAGUGUAUCUAGCCCUUUUCUCAUCACACGCUCUGCUGUGCGCACAGACUGAAGACAAAGCGCAGAGAGGAGUCCACCUCUCCAUGUGAUGUGCAGCCGCUCGGUGAGGGCGCAACAGUAAUCUCAGAUACUCCCCGCAUUUUUUUUUUUUCCAAAAGAUUUUAUUUACGCUGCAUGGAGAGUUAGCCAAGUGCGCCUCUGCCAUUUUUUUUUUGCGGGUGUCCACUCACUUAGUGCUCCCUCCACUCCAGCUUCAACAUUUGUGAAGUGGCUGCCUCACCCGCUCGGACCGGGGGCCGUCUGGUCUCUGAUCUGGUCUCUGGAGUCCCCGGAGACUCGACGCGCUCCGUCAGAGCCAGGCUGUGCGGCUCCAGGAUCAGACCCGAGCCACCCCGAGCUCUAGCGAUGGAGAUGAUGGAGGGAGACGUUAUGGACAAACUCGAGGACAUGUCAUCGGUGUACGACUUCGAUCCGAUCACCGGCAACAUCCCCGCCACCAAAGUAGAAAUCACCGUCUCCUGCAGAAAUCUGCUGGAUAAAGACACAUUCUCCAAGUCAGAUCCAUUGUGCGUGCUCUAUACGCAAGGUGUUGAAACCAAACAGUGGAGAGAGUUUGGCAGAACGGAGGUGAUAGACAACACCCUAAAUCCAGACUUUGUUCGAAAGUACAUCUUGGACUACUUUUUUGAGGAGAAGCAGAACCUUCGCUUCGACUUGUAUGAUGUCGACUCUAAGAGCCCAGACCUGUCCAAACAUGACUUUUUGGGUCAGAUGUUCUGUACUCUUGGGGAGAUUGUUGGAUCACCAGCCAGUCGACUGGAGAAACCACUGGGAGGGAUCCAAGGAAAGAAAUGUGGCACUAUCAUCCUGUCCGCAGAGGAGCUGAGCAAUUGUCGAGACAGCGCCACUAUGCAGUUCUGUGCCAACAAGCUAGACAAGAAGGACUUCUUUGGCAAGUCGGACCCUUUCAUGGUCUUCUACAGGAGCAACGAGGAUGGAACGUUUACUAUCUGUCAUAAAACAGAGGUGGUGAAGAACACAUUAAAUCCAGUGUGGCAGCCUUUCACUAUCCCAGUACGAGCGCUCUGCAACGGAGACUACGACAGAACGAUCAAAGUGGAGGUGUACGAUUGGGAUAGAGAUGGCAGCCAUGACUUCAUCGGGGAUUUUACGACCAGCUACCGAGAGCUAGCUCGAGGGCAGAGUCAGUUCAAUGUGUACGAGGUGAUUAAUACCAAGAAGAAAAUGAAGAAAAAGAAAUAUGUCAACUCUGGGACAGUGACCCUGCUCUCGUUCUCAGUGGAGUCAGAGUUCACAUUCUUAGAUUACAUCAAAGGAGGGACACAGAUCAAUUUCACUGUGGCCAUCGAUUUCACAGCAUCUAAUGGUAACCCCUCCCAGUCCACCUCGCUGCACUACAUGAACCCCUACCAGCUCAACGCCUACGCCAUGGCCCUGAAGGCUGUCGGGGAGAUCAUUCAGGACUACGACAGUGACAAGAUGUUCCCCGCUUUGGGCUUUGGAGCCAAACUGCCCCCUGAUGGACGGGUGUCGCAUGAGUUUCCACUGAAUGGAAACAUGGAAAAUCCGUACUGCAAUGGUAUUGAGGGCAUCUUAGAGGCAUACCACCAGAGCCUGAAGACAGUGCAGCUGUACGGGCCGACAAAUUUCGCUCCUGUGGUGAACCAUGUUGCCAGGUAUGCAGCUGCGGUACAGGACGGCUCUCAGUACUUCGUGCUCCUCAUCAUCACAGAUGGCGUCAUCUCUGACAUGGCCCAGACCAAAGAAGCCAUUGUAAAUGGUGCCAAGCUUCCCAUGUCCAUCAUCAUAGUUGGAGUUGGUCAGGCUGAGUUUGACGCUAUGGUGGAGCUGGAUGGUGAUGACAUCAGGAUCUCGUCCCGAGGGAAACUGGCAGAGAGAGACAUCGUUCAGUUUGUUCCCUUCAGAGAUUACAUGGACCGGACAGGCAACCAUGUGUUAAGCAUGGCUCGGCUCGCUAAAGACGUGCUAGCAGAGAUCCCAGACCAGUUCAUCUCUUACAUGAAGAGCCGGGGGAUCAAACCCAAUCCGGCGCCACCUCCCUACACACCACCCGGACACACACACCACCACCACACACAGAUCUGAAGCCCUCCUCUUGGCUUUUCACUGAAGACUGACAGCAUGCAGCAGCCACACAGAGUCCAGUGGGAACUCUGCCUCCUGUUUUUUGGUGCAAACAGGAGCUGACGCACCAGGAAAUGGGUGUUGAAUUUUGUGCCGUAUCCUCCCAGUGACUAUCGGAGCAGCAUUUUUUUCUUGGUUUGUUUUUCUGUGAUAUGUUCAUUUGGAUGAUUUCUCUUAAAGAGAGGCUCAAACUUUCCAGGACUCGUUGGUGAACGCCUUUUAAAUCGACACUGAGGCAGUGACUGUUUCACAUCUAAUUUGACAGCAGGUUGGUUCAAAGAGGUCAUGUUGUGGUUAAAACUUGUGCCUGUCUGUGGUUGUUUCUCUAAGUGUAUCGGGACAUGUGAACUUUGACCUAAGCCUUGCUUGUCAGUCAUUGGUGGCCUAAUGCAGUGAUAUUUUUUAGGCACAUUUUACCUUCUGGAAGUAGUUUUUAUAUUUGGGGAUUGUCUCCAUAUCUUCUAAUGCAUCGGUUAUGAUGGAGGAAAAACUACAGGUGUGUAGUUUACAGUUUAUUACGUUACAAACAUUAUUCAGGCUUUUCGUACCAUGAGGUUUCACCUCCUCUCUUCUUUGUUAGGUAAAUGUUUAUAAGAGCAUGUUGUAUGAGAAGUUAAAUCUCCAUAUCCCAGUAUAUUUAUUCUCCAGUGUUAUUCAGAGUGGCAUGGACAUUUGAUAGAUCUGUUUUGAAGUGGUCACCAAUUAUUUUCAUACGGCAUAUAAAAAGCACAACCUGUCUCUGUACCAAGGACAAGAUUAUGACAAUGCUAUCAGGUUAAUCACAUUUAAUCAUUUUGAUAGCUGCCAUUCAAUUUAUUUUAUUUAUUCAUGCAACUCAAAAAUCUUUGUACUGCAGCUGCAAUUUAACAUACAAUGCUGAAAAUAUGUCUCAGGCUGGUUUAUGGUUCUCAUUCAAUAAGGAUGAAUUGCCAUCACAACGGACAACGUUGCACAAGAGGAACGUUAACAAAUUAAUCAUGAGUUUCUUUUAAAAUGUAGUGGUUUUGUAACACACAGUAAAUACAACAUAUUACUUUGCUCUAGUCUGACUAAUACCACUUUUAGGUAAUAUACACCACUAAAGCACAAUAUCCAAGGACAAUAAGGGUCUUAUGGCUAUUACCAGUUCUUGCAGAGAGGCACUGUGUCAAAAUUAGGGGUGUCAAACGUUAACUGUUUAAGUAAGCUGCCAAGAAUAUUUUGACCGGUUACACGUCGGUCAGUAGGUGAAUUUUGCUACUCUUCAGUUUAGUAGUAGUACUGGCACUGUGCUGUACUGAAUUAAUAACAAAGUUGAUGAGGUAUUCACACUACGCUGGUUACCUAGCCUUGGCUCCCCUGCUGUGCACCACUUGAGUCGUAUGGGCGAUAGCUCACGACGGCACUCAUUUGGCGAUUACUGCUGGUAACGCCAUCCUCACCAAUGACGGCAGGACAGUGUUACUGCAAAAACAUUGCAUGCCCACCCUCCUGACUCUCUCCAAGGUCGCCCCCAUGAGUAACUGUGUUAAUAUUGAACUGCAAAUCCCCUUUAGCACUUUAGCAGUAUCAGUAUGGCUACUGGUGCUAACAUACAGUAGUUAAUAAUGGUAAGGCGUUUUACAGCUCAAAAUUAUGCUGUCUACUCACGGGGGUGACAUGGGGAGAGACACCGGAGGGUGGUCUCAAUGUUUCUGCAGCGAUGCUAUCGGCUUGUGUUGCACAGUGCAGAGUGGCCAAGGCCAAAUUUAGCUAACCAGUGGAGACUAGAGUGUGGGCAGUGGGCACUAUGUUUCCACAUGUUAGCUGGAUGUCUGUCAGCAAAGCCAACAGAAAUAAAACCAUUACAACAUAAACAUUUCACCAACUCCAAAUGGAUAGCGCUUUGAAAUGUGGUGCUAAAGCUAACUGAGUCAACAGAGGGCCAAACUAAAAGGAAAAUGGCUCUAUUUUGUCAUGAAAAUUAACCACUUAGCUACAGGUGAAAAGGUUUGGGGCUUUUAAAAGCAAAAUUAAACGUAACUGACAUCCCUUGUCAAAAUCUUUUUCUCGUAGCUUACCCAUUUCAGUUGAUGCAUAAAUUGAUGGGUACACAUUACAAAUCAAUAAGGGACAUACAGCAAACAUCAGGGAAACAUAACACCCACCCACUGAUAGGUUUAUGUUGCAGAAUAAUUUGGGGCAACCAAAGGAGGCACGAUGAUUCACUGGGGCCAAAUCUCAGUUUUACCCCAGGCCCCAACCACCAGUUAAUCCAGCCCUGAUAUGAUCCAAAACAUGUCACGUCUGCAACCCAGAGACUUCGUAAGCCCCAAGAGGCCACGCAUCAGCAGCCACAUAACCUCCAGCGUCAUAGACUUCUCACUUAAAGUCGUGCAAUCACAGCCAGUGUUCCUCCAUGGAGAUUUACAUUUUAUACAGCCUGAUCCUUGCAGCAGUGUAUUACAAGUCUCUGGUGGGAUCCUCAAGUGGUCUCCGGAGCUUUAGGAUUUAUGUUCAUUACAUUCAGUACUUAAGUAAUUCUCUCAUGUGUAAACACAUUAACAAUCUGUCUGUACCACAGGGUAAAGAGGGAUCCUUUUGUUCUAAUCUUAGUUCGGCUUUCUAUAGCCUCCUACCAUCUGUGACGUUGGUCUAGUGUGAAGAAACAAAAACAAACAGGAAUCUACGUAGAAAAUCCAAUUUUACAGCAUCAGUAACAAAGCUGGUCAUUUGAGAUGUGUCCUUGCACAAUGAUGCAACAAUAAGCCCUGACGGUCCUAUGAUGUGUUGCCUUACAAACAUGCAGAGAUCAUACUGUAGAAAUGAGAUUUAAGGAAAAUGAUCCAUGUAGAGGCGUUUUGAUCAUUAAGGGUACAUAAUUAGGAUCAUAACAACCACAAGGAGUUUUUGAUGAAAGUACAGAAAGCAGUGAAAGACUCAAAUCUUCUCUCUCAUCACGCCUGCCAUCUGACAAAUUACGUAGUAUUUUCUGCUCAAGUUGUGGUAACAAUUUUUCUGUCCAGGUUGUCUUGUUUCUCAUGUUUAUAUUGACAUGGUACACUAUUUUCUUGUUUAAACGAUCAAUUCUUUGGCCAAUAAAACUUAAGAAAACAGCGAAAGUGACGUCUUCGAAAGGUAGGAACAAACUAUUUUGUUUAUUUUUAUGUUUGAUGAAGAAAAGCAUCAAAUCCUCACCUUUAAGAUGCAUGAAACAGUGACAUUUUUGCUUAUUAUUAAGUUGCAAAUUAAUUUUUUAACUUAUUUUUUUUUUCUUUUCUUGCUGUUGUAGCACUUUGAGAUUUUUCGUUAAAUUUAAAGUGCGUUACAAAUAAAAUUUAUUAUUAUUAUUAUUAUUAUUAUUAUUAUUAUUAUUAAUUUUCUGUUGAUCGACAAAUUGAUCAAUCAACCAAUUAUUGCAGCUCUGGUACACUGGCCAUAUCAUCAGCUUUUCUACUUGAGGGACAGGACACCCUAAAAAAAAAAAAAAAAAUCAGGCAGUAGACAGACUAAAAAUUGAAGGCAGUCAUACAUGCUGCAUUUAAAAGAAGGUAUUUCUAACUAUUGGAUGGAUUGCCUUGAAAUCUGCGCUCAGACGUAUUCCUCAGAGGAUGUAUCCCAAUCCCUGACUUCUCUUGUAGCGUCAUUAUCAGAAUUUCAAAUUUGUCCUAUACUUAUAUUUAUGACCAAAUAAAGCAAAUGUUAGCAUGCUAAUGUGCAAAGGUAAGAUGGUGAACAUGCUUAACAUCAAAACAUCAGCAUGUUAGCAUCAUUAUUGUGAGCAUGUUGAUGUUAGCAUUUAGCCCAAAGCAAUGCUUUGACUCAGUGUAGCCCCAGAGAGCUGUCAGCAUGGCUGUAUCUAAUUUUUGUCCUUUGUUUUUUGGCAUUACGUGGACAUAAACUGCUUCUAAAUCUUACUUCUACUUUUUCCAUCUUUGCGAAUCUUUCGCCACAGCCAUUGCUCUUCUCUAAGUACUAUUGCUCCAAUUUCACUUGGUUUUAUUUACUUCCAUAACCUUCAUACACCCCUCAUUGGUGUAGAGAGUAAACAAAACAGUGCUACAAUGGGUAUAAUAGCCUGUAAAAGGUGCCCUUUCCUUAUGAACCGACAAAGUGCGGCAGAGGCAGAAUUAAUCUGAGCUGAAAAGGGUCUAUUCAAAUGUCUAAUGUAGCAAACUAAAGGCCUUAAUAAUGUGAAAGGCAGUCACUGCAUCUCAUUUAGUCCUGUGCUGAAAAGCAGCUCAGGUGGAUAAGUAUGGCUCUGGGUAGGUGGAGAGAAAAUUAUUUGGCAAACAGCUAUUUGCUUGUAAAUCGCUGUGGUGUGAGAGAGGAAACAGUUAACAGUGAAAAGAUAAGAGUGGACUUCUAACAGAAUGUAAAGUGUAUGAACAGCUGGUUUGACCCCAACAGCACUUUAUCCUUGCGAGGAGUGCUCAUUGUAUAUGUUUGAUAUAUUUUUAGGAAUAUUACUGUAUUGAAGAUAUUUAUUUUUGGAGUUUGUAUGAAAAGCCAUCGCUCCUGUCGUCUAUGUCAUUAUGGUGACCUCUUAAUGCCCUGAUUUAUUAGUAUGAUGAAUCGACUGCAUGUUUUCUUGUGGUGCGUCGAAGAAUGCCGCCAUCUGUAAAAUAGGAACUAGCCCAACCAGAUUACAUGCAUGUCAGUGCCAUACAUGGCAGUAAAGCUCUGUGGACUGUUCUUCUCUCUCGUGCCUGGUUCUACAAACAUUUUUUGUCUCACCAGUGGUUAAAAACUGUAGCUGAAUUAGCAUGUUACAGUUAACACUUUUUUUUAAUAUUCUUCUUUUUUUUUUUUUAUUCCCACAACUUCUCUUUGUUGUUUAUAUCUCUUGAGUUUUCUGAUUUGCAUGACUCUCUACUUUCUUCAAAUGGGUUUUUAUUGUACAUGAUUAUUGUCAUAUGGUGGGUUGUGAAAUGCU